AUGCCCAUGACAUGGAACGAGGCGGCAGAUGCUAAGACCAUUAACACCAAGCUCGAUUAUCCCCGUAUCGCUCAGCUCAUGGGUUCCGACUGUACUGUCUACGCCAUCCAGCACCGCCUCCGAAGCCUGAGGGAGCGCGCCAGGCCCAGACCCACCGCUGACGGCCCUCUCGCCCUUCCCUCGACUCCGACCAGAGAUUCCACCGGUGCUGUUGAUCCUGCCUCUGCUCAGGGCACCCCCGCUUCUGGACCGAAGAAGCGAGGAAGACCGCCCAAGGUGAAGGUGGAAGUUGAUCGUAGCGCUGAGGAGGCGCCGGUGACUCCGAAGAAGAGAGGCCGCGCUAAGAAGGUUAAGACUGAAGAGAUGGAAGAAGAGGCUCCGCAUGCAAAGAUCGACACGAAUAAUGGAUCUCAGCCCGUGUAUCAGAGUAUUGAGGAUGCUUACAUGCAGGAGGCGAUCUGA